AUGUAUGUAUCUAUCUAUCUAUCUAUCUUUCUAUCUAUCUAUGUCAAUCAGCUGAUUAUCUAUCUAUCUAUCUAUGUAUCUAACUAUCUAUCUAUCUGUGUCAAUCGGUUGAUUAUGUAUGCAUAUAUCUAUGUCAACCUGUUGAUUGUGUAUCUAUCUAUCUAUCUAUCUAUCUAUCUAUCUAUCUAUCUAUCUAUCUAUGAAAGGUUUUUUUUUUUGGUUUCAAUCUUUUUUUUUUUCUUUACAUAUUUUAUUUUCUCGCGAAAAUAUACCUUUCUCUCUCUUACUCUCUCUCUCUCUCUUUCUUGUUCUCUUUCUCUAUUUUUCCCAAAUUAUUUAAAUAUUUCUUGUUUUCUUUUCUUCUCACGCUGUAUUUUUGAACUCUCUUUCACUCUAUCUCGUUAUGUUCUCUCUCUCUCUCUCUCUCUCUCUCUAUCUCUCUCUCUCUCUCUACUUCUGUUCAAGUUCCAUAAGGGAGAAGCCGUCAUAUAUACGGAAUAA